AUGGUCAAGCAAAAUGGUUCCAUAAUGAAUGAGUUCAUCCUUGAGGGAUUGACAGAUAAACCAGAACUACAGUUACCACUCUUGUUCCUGUUCCUAGCAAUCUAUGGGGUCACCAUCAUGGGAAAUAUGGGAAUGAUUCUCCUCAUAACUUCCAAUUCCAAGCUCCAAACACCCAUGUACUUUUUCCUGAGUAAUUUGUCAUUUGUAGAUCUUUUUUACUCUUCUGUUGUUACCCCUAAACUCCUAGGAAACUUUUUAUGGGAGAAAAACGUUAUUUCCUAUCCUGAAUGUAUGACUCAACUAUUUCUUUUUUGUGUUUUUGUUGUUGCUGAGUGUUACAUGCUAACUGCAAUGGCGUAUGAUAGAUAUGUUGCCAUUUGUACUCCACUACUCUAUAAUGUCAUCAUGUCCCAAAAGGUCUGCAUUGUUUUAGUGACUGGGGUUUAUAUCAUUGCAUCUUUAGGAGCUAUUCCUCACAUUAUCUUCAUGACGAGGCUUUCUUUCUGUAAUGACAAAGUCAUCCAUCAUUACUUCUGUGACAUAAUUCCUCUUCUUAAGCUCUCAUGCUCUAAUACUUACAUCAAUGAGCUUCUUGUUGCAUUGAUUGGUGGAUUCAAUGUGUUGGCAACAACUCUUCCCAUCAUUGUCUCUUAUGCCUUUAUUGUCUUCAAUAUCCUUCGAAUACCAACAGCUAAGGGAAGGUCCAAAGCUUUUGGUACUUGUGGCUCUCAUCUCACAGCCGUUGGGUUUUUCUAUGGCUCCAUAAUAUUCAUGUAUUUUAAGCCAGCCUCCAGCAGCAACAUGGCCCAAGAGAAGGUGGCCUCUGUAUUCUACACCACAGUGAUCCCUAUGCUGAACCCUCUGAUCUACAGUUUGAGGAAUAAAGAUGUGACAAAUAUUCUCAGCAAAGUCAUGAGAAUGAAGUGUGGAUUAUCCCAGGGUAGUAAUUAG